CAAUGGUUGCAAUAUUUCAGGGUCACUGGAUUGCCCUUUGCAACCAUCCCAGCUGGCUUCUGCAGUGUCAAUUGGGAAGCCAGAUUCAUUAACAAUCAUGUAACAAUCGUUUGUUUUGCUUAACAACUGUGGCAAAAAAAGUUGUAAAAUCAAGCACCACUCAACGAAUAUAUCGCUUAGCAAUGGAAGUCGCAAUUGUGGUCAUAAGGACUAUCUAUACGAAGUAGACACAUGCUUGGAGUGUCUGUGUAUGUGGCAUAGGGAUAGCUAAUUUAAAUGCUGAGAUCAGAAGAAAACAACACGCAGAAUGCAUAGAUGUUGAUAACAGCUAUGAGGAUCACAAAAUCUAGAGUACCCGCAAAAAAUCCCUGACGAGGGCAGCAAAGGGACACAGAAAACCAAUUCUUUCUGCCCUCUUAAAGUCACCGAAAUAUUUGUCCCAAGCCUGGUAGACUAUCCCAAAACAAAGCGAGUUGUCUUUUUUUUUUGUAGACAAACGGCCCUCUCAGGAUCCUUCUCAGACGUGUGAGAGUUUUGGUGCAAUACUCCUCACAGACAAACGCCGCCGUGUGUGGAGCUCGCCGCCUCCGCGGAGGAAGCCCAUCGGGGAAUACGAGGAGCCGAGCGAGCGGAGAACGCGCAAUUUCGCCAUCUCAUCCGCGGCGUCGCUCUACCACGCAGCCGUGCAGCUGUGGCCUGAGAAGGCCGGUCAGGCGCUGGGCUCGUGCCGCAGUGUCGUGCACCGCCCCUGGAACCUGACAGGGGGCGCUGGUUACCGGUUGCUUAGGUAGCUUCCGAAUAAGCUUUAAGUCAGCCAGCCCGCUCCCCGCCAGCGGCCCUCGCGGUUGGGAAUUGAGGGACGGGCGGGAGACACGGAGGCUCCGCGUCGGCCUUUCUGGCACUCGGUUAGCGCAAGGCCCACACGGGAGAAGAGGGCCCUUCGCCAUGCAGGCCCCGCGGCGCCUGCGGUUGUUGCCGCCGCUUUCGGAGGAUCAAGCACAACAUAGAAAUUCAACUGAACGAUCUGACUUUGCAGUAUAUAUGAUGGAUAGGCAUUGCCUGAGUUGUUUCUUAAUGCUUAUAUAAGAUUAAAGAUCCAGCAGGAGAGGCAUUACAGGUCCCAUCGACUAAGGAAUGUCAUCUGAUGGGACCCAGGAAAGGAGCCUUUUCUGCCAUGGCGGCUGCCCUUUGGAACAUCAUUUUCCCCCAGUACUUAGAUUGGCACCUUCCCUUCUGGCAUUUAGGAAGGGUUUGAAGACUUGGCUGUGCCAUCAUGCCUGGUGGUCCAGCAAUAGUGGUUCAAACAAGAUUCUGGGUGACAUUCCUCACAAAUGGAGAACUAUUUCCAGACAGAGGCUUAUAACCUUGAUAAGGUUUUAGAUGAAUUUGAACAAAAUGAAGGUGAACAACUUUUGUUAGGACUGGAGACAUAAACUGAAUUUAGGUCUAGUGUUUGCCUGUAUUUCCUAUCCACUGUAGUCAUCUAUCCAUUUGCUGGAGAGAGAGAAAAGAAAACAGCACUGGAUGAAGCUAUUUCACCUACAUUGUUGGAAGCAAAGUGGAGUCAGAUCCUAGAUCCUCCGCCUCAUCGACUGACUUUAAACCCAGCUCUAGCCAGUGUAAAUGAAUCAACCAUUUCUAAGUGUCCAGAGAAAUUGAAAUCCUUUUCCCUGUCACAUAUAGCCACUACAUCUAUAGGAGGAGGGGAUUACUGUUUUAAUGGCAAAAAUUCUAAUAUGAGCCAAGAACACACAAACAUGUGGAUUGAUGACCAGGCAACAACCGAUGAUCAGUUGGUUAUGAGAAACAGUAAUCCAAAUAUUCAGUGUAACUCUGUUGAUGAUGAAGGGAAAAAACGUGGCAGUAUAGACUGUUUACCAGAAGAAAAAAACGUUCUAGUUGUAGCAGUCAUGCAUAACUGUGACAAAAAAACAUUACACAAUGAUUUGCUGGAUUGUAAAAGUUAUAGCAGCCCCCCUUUAAUGGAUACUGUUAGCUUUACACUGGAUAAUGAAGUUCAACAAACCAAUCAUCUUCAUAUUACUGUAAAUGGGUCUGUUGAAAAAGAUACAGAUACUGAAAAAGAACCAGUACUAGCAACAAGUCUGAAUGCAGGUGAAGAUUCUAUUAACCAUGAUAUCGCUGCUGCUGCUGCUGCUGCUAUUGCUUCAGAUUGCUCAUCCAGUGACUCUUCUUUGUUAAAGGAGAUUGAUAAUGCAAAUAAAGAUACUCACUUCUCACAAACUACUGCAUCAGGGAUUAGAAUUCCCUUUCAGAGGUCAUUUGACCCAAGCAUUAAAGUGCAAGAACAAUAUGCAUCAGUUGAAGAUUUAGAUACUGAUGUAGUUGCUCAGAAAACAGAACUGGAAAUCGAAAGUUCUUCACCUAAUACACCCAAUGAUAGCUUUUCCAUAAAGACUUCCAUAACAGAGCAGAUGGCCUCAAAAGUCCAGUCAGGGAUAGCUGAGUUCUCUACAACAUGUAAGUUGAAUGUACUGGGAAGUGGCAAUGAUUGUGAACCUUCUGAUGGAUAUUUGACCUCUCAAGAUGUUACUGCUGUUGAAAAUGAAGCUGGCAAAUAUGAUAAAAAACUCAACACAAGUAAAUUAUUCAGCACUGCUGCUCAUUCAUCAGAUUGUCAAGAGAUGACAAAUGAAGAACUGACUCAACAAAAUGAAGUGGGAAAACAAAUAGACACAGAAAAUGAAGUACAGCAGCAAAGAUACAGUAUCAGUGCAGGUAACAGUGAUGGCAUGUUAGAAAUAGAUACUGAUUUAAAAGGGUCCUCUAUAAAUGAGCUUGAAAAUUCCAGUCCAAUUGAUGUCACGGGGACAUCAUUGUCAAGUGGGCUGCCCAAUUAUUGUGAUUCCUAUGGAAUACAGAACUCAGUUAUUGCUCAUAUUCCAAAGACUUUGCCCUCCAAGGAAGACUCUGUAACAGAGGAAAAAGAGAUAGAAGAGAGCAAAUCAGAAUGCUAUAGUAACGUUUAUGAACAAAGAGGAAAUGAAGCCACAGAAAGAAGUGGACCCACUUCGAACUGCUCUGGUGACCAAAUGAGAAAAAAAUGUUUGCAUAAUCUCUGCAGUCAGAUUCCAUCUGAAUCAACUGAAGCAUCAGUAAAAUCAGCAGCUCAUUUACAAUCUCUCAGUGUUCCUUUUGGUGGUGCCCGACCAAAACAGCCUACAAAUCUUACACUACAAAUUCCAAAGCCAUUAUUGGAUCAUUUACAGAAUGACUUGGUUCCUCCAAACUGUGGUGGAAAUAGUAAAAAUAAAAAUGAUAUAAGUGAAAAAAUAAAAGUAAGCGAAAACGUAGCAACAAAUAUAUAUGCUGAUGAAACAGUGCAGAAUGCUCUGGUCACAGAUGCAAGUGGUAAGCAUGCAGAUGACUAUGAUUCUGUGAUUUCCAGUACUUUGUGCCUUGCAACAGCCUCAGAUAGCCCUGACAAUGAUCUUGGAGCUGGCCAGUUGGGUGUUCAUACAAGAAAGCCAUUUACUACUUUGGGUGAAGUCGCUCCAGUUUGGGUCCCAGAUUCUCAAGCACCAAACUGUAUGAAAUGUGAGGCCAGAUUUACAUUCACAAAAAGAAGGCAUCAUUGCAGAGCCUGUGGAAAGGUUUUCUGUGCAGCGUGCUGUAAUCUGAAAUGCAAAUUGCUGUAUAUGGAUAGAAAGGAAGCCAGAGUAUGUGUAAUUUGCCAUUCGGUACUUAUGAAUGCUCAAAGCCUGGAGAAUAUGCUGAGUGCCCCUAGUCCGAGCCCCAAUCCUAACAAUCCUGCUGAAUACUGUUCUACCAUUCCUCCCUUGCAGCAAGUCCAGGCUUCUGGAGUGCUGAACUCUCCACCACCUACUGUUAUGGUCCCAGUGGGAGUCUUAAAGCAUCCAGGUACUGAAGUGACUCAGCCUAGAGAACAAAGACGUGUUUGGUUUGCUGAUGGGAUCUUACCCAAUGGCGAAGUUGCUGAUGCAGCCAAAUUAACAGUGUCUGGAACAAGUUCCACUGGAGCACUUGCAGUAUCACAUGAUCCAAGCAAGCCCAUAAGCAACAACACUUUGCCAGAAGAGACUGAAAACACACUUGCAUUUUCAAGAAAUAUAACUCAGGUUGGAAGUCCCGUUGGCAGUGCAAUGAAUCUUAUUCCAGAAGACGGGCUUCCUCCAAUUCUCAUCUCUACUGGGGUAAAAGGAGAUUAUACUGUAGAAGAAAAACCAUCUCACAUAUCAGUGAUGCAACAGCUGGAAGAUGGUGGCCCUGAUCCUCUUGUAUUUGUUUUAAAUGCAAAUUUAUUGUCUAUGGUUAAAAUUGUAAAUUAUGUGAACAGGAAAUGCUGGUGCUUUACUACAAAGGGAAUGCAUGCAGUAGGCCAAUCAGAAAUAGUAAUUCUUCUCCAAUGUUUACCUGAUGAAAAAUGCUUACCCAAGGAUAUUUUUAACCACUUUGUGCAACUUUAUCAAGAUGCCUUGGCAGGUAAUGUUGUGAGCAACCUAGGACACUCAUUUUUCAGUCAGAAUUUCCUUAGUAGCAAGGAGCAUGGUGGCUUUCUAUACGUUACGCCUGCGUAUCAGUCACUGCAGGACUUGGUGCUUCCCACCCCACCAUAUUUAUUUGGGAUUCUUAUUCAGAAAUGGGAGACUCCUUGGGCUAAAGUUUUUCCAAUCCGACUGAUGCUAAGACUCGGAGCUGAAUACAGAUUGUAUCCAUGUCCACUUUUCAGUGUCAGAUUUCGUAAGCCAUUGUUUGGUGAGACUGGUCACACAAUUAUGAAUCUUCUUGCAGACUUCAGGAAUUACCAGUAUACAUUACCAGUUGUCCAAGGCUUAGUGGUUGAUAUGGAAGUGAGAAAAACGAGCAUAAAAAUUCCCAGUAACAGAUAUAAUGAGAUGAUGAAAGCCAUGAACAAAUCCAAUGAGCAUGUUUUAGCAGGUGGUGCAUGCUUCAAUGAAAGAGCAGACUCCCAUCUGGUUUGUGUGCAGAAUGAUGAUGGCAACUAUCAGACUCAGGCCAUCAGUAUUCAUAAUCAACCAAGGAAGGUGACUGGAGCCAGCUUCUUUGUAUUUAGUGGAGCUUUAAAAUCAUCUUCAGGCUAUCUUGCAAAGUCCAGUAUUGUAGAAGAUGGUGUGAUGGUACAGAUAACAGCUGAAAAUAUGGACUCCCUGAGGCAAGCUCUGAGGGAGAUGAAAGACUUCACAAUUUCUUGUGGAAAAGUGGAUGCUGAAGAACCUCAAGAACAUGUGCAUAUUCAGUGGGUGGAUGAUGAUAAAAACUUCAACAAAGGUGUUGUAAGUCCUAUUGAUGGGAAAUCUAUGGAGUUUAUAAUAAGUGUGAAGAUAUUCCAUGGUUCAGAAUAUAAAGCAAAUGGGAAGGUCAUUAGGUGGACAGAGGUUUUCUUCUUGGAAAAUGAUGACCAACAUAAUGGUCUGAGUGACCCAGCAGAUCAUAGCAGACUGACUGAGAAUGUGGCUAAGGCUUUCUGCCUGGCCUUAUGUCCACACCUGAAGCUGCUGAAGGAAGAUGGAAUGACCAAGCUGGGUCUACGAGUUACACUUGACACUGAUCAAGUAGGCUACCAGGCUGGGAGCAAUGGCCAGCCACUGCCUGUUCAGUACAUGAAUGAUCUGGACAGUGCCUUAGUUCCAGUGAUUCAUGGAGGGGCAUGCCAGCUGAGCGAGGGCCCAGUCAUAAUGGAGCUUAUUUUUUAUAUUCUGGAAAACAUCUCAUAAGAGGACUUCAUUUUCUUUCAGACCUGUUCUAGCAGCAGUUGUAUCUGAAUCAUUUGCACUUUAAAACUGGAAAAUUAAGCUUUUAGUUAACACUAUUGUGAGGGGUUGGGUGGAGUGGGUGGGUGGGUGAGAACAGUUGUUCCAUAAUUCUGAAUUGUCUAUGCAUUUGUCAACAAACAGGAUCAGGGCAGCUUCUAUGUUACAAAAUGGCUAUGCUAUCUUUGCAGCUAACACACAUCUGUUAUGAAUAGAAAUAGAAACCAAUAAUGGUCAUGUUUAAAGGCUACUGCAGUCAUGUAUUUGAUGCUCAAAAGAAUGCAGAGACCACUUGGGGAAUAAGGAAAAGACAUGUGUCAACAUUUAACUUUUGUAGAUAAACUUAUUAUGAAGAAACAAUCAAGACCUCCAUUCUGACCUCAUUAUACUGCUGUUUAUGGUUAAUUUCUCUAGACAUUUAAAAUAUAUUGUUUACAUUAUUGUGACCACUUUAUUGGUCAGAGUACCUCCAGGACAUGCUGGCCUAUUCUUCAGAGAGGUUCAGAAAGAAAGACAAACAUCAGGAAGAUACUUUUUACAUCUGCCCAAAGCAGAAAUCUUUCCAAAAAUUGUAUGUAAAUUAAGCUUGCAUUUUCUGUGCUUUACCUUACUUUUUUUUAGUCUCCUUUAAGAAUGAAAUUGGCAAACCUGCUGUAAGAAUUUGGUGUUUUUUUUCUGCACUUUAGUAAGUCUUACGCUUUUGGCAGCUUUCUUUAGUCUUAAAUGAGCAAUUACAUGAAAUUGCUAUUCUUUUCAACUGAUCCUUCUUUUAAAGGAACGUACUCUUUAUUUUUUUUGAUAAGUGUGUACUCUACUUAAGCAAUCCAUAGCAUUAACCCUGCACUUUAUAGUAGCAGCACUAUAUAAAGCUAUUCUCUGAGAAUUCUAGCAAGUUUGCCUACUGUUCCAUGGUUUGCUUUCACAAGGUAGAAAGCUUGCACCGUGCCUCACUGGAAAUGAACUGAGCAGACUGCAAAUUGAGCCUUCUUGCAAAAAGAUAUCAGGCUGGCAGUGACAGCAAGAGAAUGUGAGCAUUUUCCUGUUAACACUACAUUUCCUGAGAAUACAGUAACGAGUAGAAAGUUGUCAAACGAUUGAGAAAAUAAAUUCAGAUAUCAUUUGGACAUCGCUAUCCAAAUGAGUAGCUAUCAUCCAUGUGCAAGGAGAUAAAAGACUGAGCUUUACUAAAUGCAGAUUAGAAAAUGGACUAGCAAAUUUGUAUUGCAGGGCAAGUAUGGACAGCAGUGGCAGCUAUAACAAAUUUUUCUCUGUAGAUAGCCAUAUACAUGAACACGUGUAGAUUUCAUUUUUGAAUAAAUUGCCUCUGCAUCCUUAAAUUUGUAAAAAAAAA